AUGUAGAAGAAAUGAGGUCUGUUUCAGCUUUCUUAUUAUUCUGUGGUCAACACACCCACCCUUUCACCCCCUGCCCAGAGGCAUGCAAAAAUAGCCAUUAAAAUACACUGGCUCGCUCCUUCCAGAGGAGGGCAUCACCUUUCUGAAUGGCCCUUGAAACCAGAGAUGAGCUGCUUACAUCGCUGCCAGAAUGGGUCUGUUGCACCUUGGGAGUUUGAGACACCCACUUACCUGGGAGUAAGCUACAUCGACUUCUAUGGGUCUCACUUCGAAUUUAGGCAUGCUUGCAGUUGCAGCCAAGUUAGCCGCACGGAAAUAACUCGAUCAGAUUUUCAGCAAGACUGCUUACGGAUGUCUUAAGACAUAACAAAAAACCAAAACAACCCUCUUUUCAGCUGCAGGGUGAGGUCACUUCUAAAACUGCCAGCGGCCUCAAGAUCUAAGACCAAUAGUAACGGUGGCUCAACCAGAGGAGGAGGUUUUACGCCUUUAAAAAGCCCCCGCCCGAGGAAAACUUGCGGGAUGAGGCAACUUCCGAGCGCAGCUUUCAGCUAACCGAAGUGAAGCCUGCCGGGAUCCGGAGCAGGAUCAGAGUUCGGCGCCGGUUUGCUUCCGAAGCUGUUUCCUUGCUGCCGCCCGGCAAAACCUUUCUGCCGAGUGGAUCGCCCGGGCUUGAACCUACUGGGUCGCAGCAGCUGAAGUCGUUGCCCCUCCUUGCUGGGAAGAUCCGAUUGUUACUCGUGGAAAGCCGGGGAGCCAUCGCUCUUUUCUCGCGGGGGGGGGGGGAGGAAGUUGCCUGAAGUUACAGCAUCCAGCCUUUUUUUUUUUCCUUUUUUCCUUUUUUACAAUGGGUAGCCCCGAAGCGACGGGCGAGUUUCCAGACAAUGACAUACCACAGGUGGCAACUGAAGUAUCCCGAAGGCUCACUAAAGAACAGAUAUUUAUACUGGUAGCUACAGCAUCUAUCAACUUCAGUUCAAUGAUUUGCUACUCAAUCCUCGGACCUUUUUUCCCAAGAGAGGCACAAAAGAAAGGUGCUAGUAGCACUGUAGUUGGUCUCAUUUUUGGAUGCUUUGCAUUAUUCAACUUCCUGACUUCUUUGAUCAUGGGAAAGUAUCUUGUACAGAUUGGUGCAAAGUUUAUGUUUGUUGCUGGAAUGUUCGUCUCAGGAGUUGCCACAAUUCUCUUCGGGAUGUUGGACAGAGCACCCGAUGGGGCGAUAUUCAUAGGGUUGUGUUUUGCAGUUCGAGCUGCGGAUGCGAUUGGCUUUGCCACAGCCAUAACAGCCUCAUUUUCUAUUCUAGCCAAGGCUUUCCCCAACAACAUUGCUACAGUUAUGGGCAGCCUUGAAAUUUUUACUGGACUGGGACUAGUGCUGGGACCGCCUCUCGGUGGCUUUUUGUACCAGUCUUUUGGCUAUGAAGUCCCUUUCAUCGUACUUGGGUGCCUAGUGCUGAUCCUGGUGCCGCUGAACAUGUUCCUCUUACCAAAAUAUGAUUCCACUCCUAGCAAAGAUUCAUUCUGGAAGCUUAUUGUUCUGCCAAAAGUUAUUUUCCUCUGUUUAGCUAUAUUCACACUGAGUGGAUGCUUGGGCUUUCUGGAUCCUACCAUGUCACUAUUUGUCAUGGAAAAGUUCAAAUUGCCUGCUGGUUAUGUGGGAUUGGUCUUCUUGGGGAUAGCACUCUCCUAUUCCUUAUCUUCACCAUUGCUUGGUUUUCUCAGUGAUAAAUUACCGUACUUAAGGAAGUGGCUAAUGAUUUUUGGAGGCCUACUGACAGCAUUAUGCUACUUUAUGUUAGGACCAGCUCCCAUCUUGCACAUUGAAAGCAAACUCUGGCUCUUUGUUCUAAUGUUGGUCCUGCUGGGUUUUUCCCUUGGAAUGAGCGGUAUCCCGGUAUUCCCUGAAAUGCUCAGUUAUGCAUAUGAAAACGGCUUUGAGGAAGGAUUAAGCUUGUUAGGCCUGGUAUCUGGACUCUUCAGCGCAGUAUGGGCACUUGGGUCUUUUGUAGGUCCAACAUUAGGUGGAUUUCUAAACGACAAGCUGGGUUUUGAAUGGGCUGCAGCCAUACAGGGUGGAUUUGCGCUGAUAAGUGGGUUAGCUCUUGCAAUAUAUUAUAUCUACGAGGCCUUGCACAGAAGAAGAUCCCAUCCCCUAAACCUUCCGGGCACAGAGGAAGAAAGGGCUCAUCUUCUGCCAAGUGAAACGUAGCUGGAAGCCUUCCCUGCUGCCAGUUUAAAGCUACUUUUGUACGGAUAAUUUAUGAGCUUGAUACACAGGCAAGAAGCAAGCAAGCAACUGAAGGUGGCCACCUUUGCCUCACGCCACAUGGUGGGCUGUAGGUUCUUGACUGCUGUACUGUGGCAUUCUGUUUCUAGAGGGAACGCCUGUGUUUUUGGACAGUCGUGUAAUAGACCUCUUUGGACUGGUUCUAUGUGAGAGCAGCAAGGUUGGCAGACAAAAGUAUUUCGCACAAUGUGAAAAUAAUAUAUUGCACUAUGUGAAAUAUGUUCCGUAAUGCUCUACUUUUGUACUCUUAAUAUCACCGAUGGUCAGCACUCAAUAAACUUAGUUUCUUCGAAAGUGUGUGAGAUGUUCUAGGGCAUUUUGUUAAUAUUUUUUUUAAAAGAUGAAUAUUCUUAGAAACUUUUUAAGGUAUAUUGUGAUUUAAAACCUUUGUUU